AUGGGAAGGCUUGGACACGUCUUGUCCCUGACUGGGCAUGGCUCAGGAUGGCAAGACUUGGACACCUCUUGUCCCUGUCUAGGCAUGGUAUUGGAUGGGAAGGCUUGGACACAUCUUGUCCCUGACUGGGCAUGGCUCAGGAUGGCAAGACUUGGACACCUCUUGUCCCUGUCUAGGCAUGGUAUUGGAUGGGAAGGCUUGGACACGUCUUGUCCUAAUCAUUAA